UGUUGAUUCAUCGGCAUCCAUGUUGCAGAGCCAACGAUAGCGAUGCAGAACUCCGAGAUGUUCUACGUCUGGAAGGCAUCGUUAAGAGCUCGGUCAGAAGGAUCUGUUUUCACCUUCCCGAACGCUGCAUCCAAUCAUCGAGCGCAGUCGCUGGCUGCUCGAACACCUCGCACAUAUGCCUACACGUCAUCUUGGGGGCGACAGAACGGGAGAUGAGUCCGUAUAUGUAGGACUACGCGAAGGAAGGAGAAAGAUACUUACCAUCCCGGACUCGCGUCUCGCCCGCUAAAAACAUGAGCACUCAUAUCUCUUCUACCGUCUACCUCGUCUCCGGCGCGACUCGUGGGAUAGGCCUCGCGUUUGUGACCUUGCUAGCAGAGCGCCCGGACACGAUCGUCUUCGCCGGAGCUCGUGACCCCGCCACCGCAUCAAACCUGCAAGCACUCGCCAAGAAGCACCCUAACAAUGUCUUCAUUGUAGAGCUCAAGGCGAGCGACGUGGAGGGGAACACUCGCGCCAUCGAGCAGAUCCGCCAAAAUGCCGGUCGGUUGGACGUCGUGAUCGCUAAUGCUGCUAUCCAACAAAACAUGGAACCUCUCGUGAACGUGACGCUCGACACGAUGCGCGAGCACUACGACACGAACGUCAUCGGCACCCUCGUCCUCUUCCAAGCCGCCUACCCGCUCCUGAAGACCUCCCCCACCCACAAAUUCAUCGUCAUGGGCGCGAAAGGCGGCAGCAUCACCAACGGGCCCGAGUACGGGAUCCUGGUCGGCGCGUAUGGCUGCACGAAGGCCGCGGUGCACUAUUUGGCGAAGAAGCUGCAGUUUGAGAAUGAGGAUUUUGUGAUAUUCCCCAUCUGCCCGGGCGCGGUGGAUACGGAUAUGUUCCGCUACGCCCAGGAGCGCGACUCCCGAUUCGCGCAAGUGAAGGGCGCCGCGCCUGAGGAGGCCGCUGCCAGCAUUUUGAAGAUCGUCGACAACGCAACGAGAGAGAACGCGGGAGGGAAGUUCAUGGACGUGUCUGGAGGAAUUAAUGAUUGGUAGAGGAAGAUGGUGUAUUAUAAUGCCCGAAGGUGCGAGACGAUGUACAACUACUUGCAGAGCAAGAUGAUACAGUUCGGCGAGUCGAGGCUU